AUGACGACAUUGGAACCAGUCAGACCGACUGAUGACCAGCGGAUCGAUGACUACCUUGACGAUCAGAUCGGCGAAGCGCGGGACCUAGAUGGGUUGGACGACCUUCUGCUGCGGGUGCAAGAGCAGCAAGCGCUUCUGCAGUCACAGUUGCAAGAUGCCCAGGCCAGCCUCGACCGUGCAAAGAAGGCGGCCGAACAGCAUUCAAAGCGACUGCAAGAGCAAGCUAUCAACUUCCAGAAAGAGCAGGCGGACCUCGACAGAAGGCUACAGGAAAUAUCCUACUCCAGCACGACAGAAGAGGCAGUCCAGGCCUUCGACUCCCGACUAGUCAAGUUGCGUCGACUUGAGCUCGCCACGAAUUAUCUCGAGUUGCUCAAGGUAUUGGAUCAACUGCAUGGCGAUGUUACCAACUUCGAGUCAGCACAGCCAGUGUCCGCCGUGAAGAGCUAUACACGUCUCAGAGAGGUAUCAGCUGCCUUGAACGUUGCACAGGAGGAAGCUGAAGGCUCAGGUGCUCAGAUUGUAGCUAGAGCAGAGGUUGCCGUCCAAGAGGCACGGAGCAGCCUUCGAGCCAACCUCACUAAAUCAUUUACCAGCAUUCUGGACAAGAUGAAGUGGCCGCAGAAAGAGAUGAACUUUUUGGGCGGCGUCCUAGCGUCCUGGUCGAACUCUGCCAGCCUACUUCUAGAUGUGCAAGAGGCGGAUCUGCAGGCUGAAGACGACCAGACGAAGCAGACUCAGCCAGUAGUUCUAGCGCCACUCCAGAUAAUGGCAGAGCCUCUCUCACAGCGGUUUCGCUUCCACUUCUAUGGCGACAGGCCCACGAACCGACUGGACAAACCAGAGUACUUUUUGUCUCACAUAUUCGAUCUCUUGGACCGUUUCAGUCCCUUCAUGACUGAUCAUCUUCAGCCUCUGCUGGACGCCAGAAUCGAUGAGAAGCACGCCCUAGAGGAUAUAUACACUGAUGCUGUCUCGUCGUUUAUAAGCUCGCUGCUUCCGAUGGUUGUGCACAAAUGCUUGUCUUUGCUUCCACAAAUGUCAAAGCGUCCGCAAUUACUUUCGCAUUUCAUAAGCGAAUUGAUGUCCUUCGAUGACACUCUGCGCGACACUUGGAACUAUGCACCCUUUGCAGACCCGCUCAGGCAAUGGAAGGGUCUUUCAUGGACCAUCCUAGACGAACACGGGUACUUCGAUCGGUGGUUGAACAUCGAGAAAGACUUCGCGCUGGAAAGGUACAAGUCCAUAAGAGACGCUGCCGACAGUGGAGACGUCGAUUACGACGGCGUCGAUCGUGGCGAGACAAAGCCUACAAAGGGUGCAAUACGAGUGAACGACCUUCUUGAGACCAUCACAGAUCGAUAUCGAGGCCUCUCUUCCUUCAGCCAGAAGAUGAAAUUUGUGAUUGGCGUCCAGAUCUCGAUAUUUGAUGACUAUCAUGCGCACCUGCACGAGUCACUCCAGGCAUAUCUAGCAUCGACUCACCGAGCUGGACGCUAUCUACAGGGACAGUACACAAAUGACGGAACGUUUGACAAGAAAGCCCUGAAUACCUUGUGCAAAAUCUUCGGUAGUGCCGAGUUUCUGGAGCGGAAGAUGCUGGACUGGAGUGACGACGUCUUCUUUGUCGAGUUAUGGGACGAGCUUCAGGAGCGGGCUCGCGGGCACAGCACAUCUGGUGGUAAUGUUGGUAAGGAUCUGCGUCUGGACGAAGUAGCAGCGAAGACAUCGGCUUCCAUCAAGCAGAACGGCAUCGAUGGCGAUGACGACGUAGACUCUGGUGCUCUCUUUGAUGAGACUGCGCUAGCGUACCGGCGAUUAAAAGAGGCUGCCGAGCGAGAGAUGUUAAGGCUGCUGGAGGUCAAUAUUACGGCAGCGAUUGCGCCCUUCGCGAGACAGACGACCUGGGCUUCGAUGUCCGAUCCACCUUCCAAGUCGACUAUACUCAGCCCGUCAGCGGCACUCGACCCUUUACUGGAAGUGACCAGAGUCCUUUUCGAGGAUACACUGUCAAAGGUAGUCGUAGGCCCACCGUUACGCCGACUAGUCAGACAGUACUGUGGCGCUCUGCAAACACAACUCAUGACGAGCGUUCUUCAGAGCCACAAUUUCUCGACCAGCGGCAUGAUGCAGAUGAGAAGAGAUGUGGCUGCCCUCGAGGAUCGGAUCGACGCGUCUACGGGUCUGCGCAGUAUCGCUAGCUCCAGCUUCCGCAAGCUCAACCAGGCUAUUGGACUGUUGUCUCUACCUAUCAAGAGCUCAGCGCGGCCACAAAUUACAGAGUCAACCGAGGAUGGCGAUGACGCCUGGGGUUUCGACGAAGAUGGGGAGGAAGAGAUUACCAAGGAGAUCUCGCCGAGCCUGACUCGGGAAGACACUUCUGCCGAAAGUGAGGGCUGGAGUCUCUGGGACGCAGAGAAGGAGCUGUUCAGGUCGAAUGAGGCCGCACGGGAAGCUCUUGCUGACAUGGGUUUCGACCUGCUCAGCGAGCAAGAAGCAAGAGCUCUGUUGAAGCGGCGGGUCGAGCUCAACAGUUGA